GAGCUUAGGGAAGCUCCUCCAGGACCUUUUCUGCCACAACACAACUCCCCGCUUCUCCUCCAAUCACCCCUGGACUACACCUACCACUGAGGAAGAGCUUCAGGAGACUACCGGGAGAGUCAGAUUCCUGCCCCUGGAAUACCAACAAGUGUGCAUCCUUUUACACUUUUCAUCCUUAAUUUCAAAUCCACCUACUCUGAUUACGAGGGGGGGGGGGGAAGCGUUUGCUAGCAUCUCUGGCCUCUUGGAAUCGAUCCUGUGGGAACUGUUCUAGUUUUGAGCCUGCAUUCCUUCAGCUGACUCGGCCCAUCUGGUGUGUUUCUACUGAACACUUUCAGGAACUAACACAAAUCUAGUACUCUGCUGCAGGGAUACAUUGGUACAUUGUAACCUAACAACAAGCCCUAUCAGAAGAGGUAAAGAGGAGAGGCCCAUCUUGGAGUGUGCCCACUGGGCACAGAUGUCAAUUCAAUGUCUUUUCCACGUUGGUUCAACCUAAUUUCAUUGGAAUGACGUGGAAGCAACAUUAAUUCAACCAGUGUGUGCCCAGUGGGUGGUGUGUUAGAGCUAGUGGAAGAUACACCUGUGGACUUAUAAGAGGCUCUGCAGAAGAAGACCUGAUCCUUCCUGAACUGUAAAAACACAGGGUCUCUCUGAAGAGAUAUCUGUCCAUCUUUUCUCUCUGGGUGGAGAAACCCCUUCCUGCACUCAGCCAGCGUCAGACCUCCGGGCCUCUAACGAUUGCUCUACAUCUCCCCAUAUCUGUCUAUCUGUCUGUUUUCUCUCUAUCUUUCUUUUUCACCUGUCUACUUCACUUUGCCCUCUCUCAAUUUCUCUCCUCCUCCCCAUUCAUUCUCUUUUUCUCCUUUUCCACAACACCCAUUUCUGUCACAUGCUCUCUCUGUUCUUCUAAUUAACGAUGCUUGUGUACCAAUUAGACAUUCAGUCGGUGCGACCCGAACCCUGAGAGCCCCAGUGAAAGCAGGGACCUUUGGUGUACUGCUGGUGUGUGGAUCGUGCUGUCCUAGACCUCCACCCCCCCACCCCCCAGUACCCCCUGUCAUUGGCCUUGGCUGUAAAUGUCACGGCGCCGGCUGCCCACGGCUGAAUCGUCCACAGGGUCACAGGGCUGGCUCUUUUAUUUUCCACAGGCCAGGAAUCUCUGUGAGAGCCUCACUGUGUCUCAGGGGAACAGAAGUUACUCCUCAGCCCCAGUUGGGCCCUGACAGCUGCCUUCUGGAAUUGAGUGUUUUGGUCUAAUUAGAAACUUUCUGUCUGACCUCAAGAGCUUAUUCCUAUUAUACUUGGAGGCAGUUUUCAUUUGAAGCCUUUGUUCGGUUUUGGUUUUUACCCUCUUCACCAGAUUCAAAUAACUGCUGAAGCCCAGGAUAAUUGCCUUUGGCUGAGAAUGUGAAUGCAGGUUCCUUCCAAGUCAUUGCAGUGGAUUAUCAUGAAUUAUCAUUACCGUGAAGGUCACACCCUGUAGGUUUUUCUCCUUCGUUGUUUGAUCCAGCUCCAUCUUCCACUUGACGCUAACACUUCACAGGGAUUGUGCAUAAAGCCGGGCACACCUUCUGCGUGUGUUCGCUAUAGGAAGCCUUCAAAAAACCUUGUUUUAGUGUAUUCCUCUCUAGAGAGCAGCGCACAGCUGCACAACAAUCAACUGUGGUGAUUUUUUUGCCAAAAUAAAGGCCCUUGAAUGGAGUAAAAUGAGAAAAAAGGGCAGAUGGCAACCCUGCUUUAAAACAUCAACAAAUUCAUUAAUACAACAUUGGGUGGUAGAGGCAUUUGGCAAAGUGCUGAAGUAGCCUCUCUCUUUCUCUGUCACGUUCCCUCUCUCACUUGAGACAGGGGAUCAGGUAGCAGAGCAGAAAGACCGGAGGUUGAUCCGCAGUGCCCUUGCUUCUCUGUUUGUUGUGUUUUUGUUUGUCCCCCCACCCGUCCGUGGAUGUAAUGACCCAUCACCUUCGUCAGCCUCAGGAGAGAUGCCUAUACUCGAGAUGGCAGUGAGCCUAGUCAAGUCCCUGUACUGGGAAGUGUUCCCCCCCAUGUCCACGUGCAGGGUCUACUGCACCCCUGUGUUCCAUGACGGCCUGCUCUAUGUGCUCGGGGGCUGCAGUGAGACAGGCCUGCCACUAGACACUGCCGAGGUGCUGGACAUAGAGAGCCAGACAUGGACCCAGUUACCUCCACUCCCUACAGCCCGUGCGGGGGCAUCAGCGGUGGCCCUGGGGGGUCAGGUGAUGGUAAUGGGGGGCAUGGAUGGCCAGCAGAGCCCCCUGUCCUCCGUGGAGGUCUACAACCCUGACGAGGGCAAGUGGGAGAGGAAGGCCAGCCUAGGACAACCCUCCAUGGGCAUCACCUCAUUAGAGAAAGAUGGGAAGGUAUAUGCGCUAGGAGGGAUGGCAGCUGACACGACGCCCCAGGCUCUGGUGAGGGUUUAUGAGCCGGAGAAGGACCAAUGGCAGCCCCUGACCUCUAUGCCCACGCCCCGCUAUGGAGCCGCCUCCUUCCUGAGAGGCAACAAGAUCUACGUGCUGGGUGGGCGUCAGGGCAAGCUUCCUGUCACAGCCUUCGAGGCCUUUGACCUGGAAAUGAAGAGCUGGACGCAUUACCCCUGCAUCCCCAGCCGCCGGGCCUUCGCCUGCAGUGCUGCUACCGAGCGGGGCUUCUUCAGCCUGGGAGGGCUCCAGCAGCCUGGCCCCCACAACUUCUACUCCAGACCACACUUCGUCAGCACAGUGGAGGAGUAUGACCCAGAACAGGGUAUCUGGAUGAAACCAACCCGAACCUCCAGGAUGAGGGUUAAGAGAGCAGACUUUGUGGCCGGAUGUCUCGGUGGAAGGGUCAUCGUUGCUGGUGGACUAGGUAACCAGCCUUCGCCCCUGUCGUCGGUUGAGAGCUACAAUCCUGUGAAGCGGAGUUGGGAGUACGCUGCCCCCAUGCCCAGUCCCCGCUGCUCCUGUUCACCCCUGCAGACCCCCAACAUGCUGUUUCUCAUCGGGGGCGUGGCCCAGGGACCCAGCAACGCCGUGGAGGCUCUUUGUCUCAGAGAGACUGUGUGACACACACACGGACAGACGAAAGACUUAAUGCAAGCAAAUUCAAUGUGUGCAGGUGAUGGACACUCAUACAGACUUUGUUUUUGCCUUUGAACCUUGCAGUUGGUGGGCAAGAUCAAGUACAGUGACCCUGACACCUGUUUCUUUCAAUGGAGAAACAAAUACAUUUCUACAUCUUAGAGACAUAAGAAGAGUCAAAUAAAUAAGCAAAAAACAACACCACAGACGCAUAGACACACUACACAAAAGACGCCUUUGAACAGUACAGCAUUUUUCUGGAAAAAAGCAGGGUACUUUUCUGGAAACUAAAGGAACUACGGGCCAUAUCUGUUUCACUACAACAGUCAGGCUGCAUUGGCUUGUUAAAACACUUUUCUAUCACCUUUAAAAAAGCAGAGAGUUUAGGAUAUAACAUUGAGGUAUUUGUCUGUUUUGGUACCUUCACAGCCAGGUGUGUGUGAAUAUAGCACAGCUAUACACAUGAUGUUCAAAUCCCACACCAUGAAUACCACCUCUAGAAUGGCCAGGCCAAUCCCUGCACUGUAGCAUCCAGAGACAAGAGUGCUUUGGCACUAAGCAACAUUUCCCUUUUUAAGAGAAAAAUAUACGUAUAUAUUUUACCUCAAGAGCUUUGCAAUGAACGACAUAUGAACUGAAGGCAGGACAAAGUGCAUGCUCAGAAAGUGUGUUUAUUUCAGAUAAUCCUUAGGUGGCGUCUUAAAAAGAGAGCAAUGGAAAGAGAGAAAUUGGGAAGUGUGUUUUUAAAUAGAAAAUCGUAAAUGGAAACUUCACCGCUAGACAAUAUUUGGAGUUUUUCCAGUUCCCUGCAUAAUUAUGAGUGAUGAGCGGUGUUUCAGACAUAAUUAUGAGUGAUGAGAGGUGUUUCAGACAUAAUUAUGAGUGAUGAGAGGUGUUUCAGACAUUAUGAGUGAUGAGAGGUGUUUCAGACAUAAUUAUGAGUGAUGAGAGG